AGAAGACUGGGAGAAGUCGACCGAGCUUGAGAUUCUUAGUGGAUGACGGCAAAGGCAGCGAGACUGGGCCUGUGACGUCCCCCCAUCACAAGCCAAAACGGAUCCGCACCCGCGCCUUUGCCGUCACCCUCAUAAUGAAGGAGCUCUCCCUUUCCUAGUUCCACUCCCUCUCUUUCUCUCUAUCUCUACAUGACAACCUUCCACUAGGCACGAACCUGUGCAUUUGUAUUAUAUUCAACACAGACCUGUUCUGUCGUCCUCGUUCCUUGUAACAUCAUCUCACCCCACUCGGUUACGGCUACGCGCAUCCCCUCCUUCGAUCUCCUCAAGAUACCCGGUUAACCAACAUGUCCGAAUCUCAAGCCACAAAGACCGCGCAAGAGAAACUUGCCGAGUCUACUCAAUCGGUUCCAUCAAGCACGGCAGCUCAGCAGAGUGACAAUGUUGCCCAUGCGCUUGCCGGUGCGGGCGGAGGUCUGCUCUCCAUGGCUCUGACCUAUCCAUUGAUCACCCUCUCCACCCGCGCACAAGUCGAGUCCAAGCGCGCACAGUCGUCGACGCUCAACGCUGCCAGGCGCAUCAUAAAGAGGGAAGGCAUUGUAGGAUUAUACGCUGGACUCGAGUCAGCGCUGUUCGGCAUCAGCGUCACCAACUUCGUCUACUACUACUGGUAUGAAUGGACCCGUGCAUUCUUCGAGAAGGCUGCUCUCAAAUCCGGCCGCGCCUCGAGGAAGCUCACGACGGUCGAGUCCAUGAUCGCUGGCGCAAUCGCCGGAAGCGCCACGGUGCUCCUCACGAACCCCAUCUGGGUCGUCAACACCCGUAUGACUGCUCGCAAGUCGGAGUCUGAGGAGCAGGUUCUUCCUGGCGCAAAGCCUGCGAAGGCACCCUCCACCCUCGGCACGCUCUUCUCCAUCAUCCGCGAAGAGGGUUUCUCGCGCCUGUUCGCAGGUGUGAUGCCAGCUCUCGUGCUGGUCAUCAACCCCAUCCUCCAGUACACCGUCUUCGAGCAGUUGAAGAACAUGUUGGAGAAGAAGCGCCGCGUAACGCCCAAGGACGCAUUCUAUCUCGGAGCCCUCGGCAAGCUCCUGGCCACCAGCAUUACGUACCCGUAUAUCACGGUAAAGAGCCGGAUGCAUGUCGCCGGCAAAGAUGGACCUAAGGACGACAUGAUCACCAGCUUCCGCAAGAUCAUCAAGGAAGAGGGAUAUGCCGGAUUGUACGGAGGCAUUGGACCCAAGGUCACCCAGAGCGUCAUCACGGCAGCAUUCUUGUUCGCAUUCAAGGAUGCGUUGUAUGCGUACACCGUCAAUGCGCGCAGGAAGAUUGCCUUCCGAAAGGCAUAGAUGAAGUCGUAAUUACCACCACUUCCUGUCCGACGAUGAUACCCUGCCGUUCCAUGGGCGAACGCACACUAGAACACAACAUACCCCAGAAGGUAGGAUUUGUGAUGGUAAAAGAAGACGUUGCAUACGACGAGGUAUGAUCGGGUCGUGCCCUCCAGCCAGCAUCGGCAGGAAGCCGACAGACUCUCUCGCGAACAGAUAUGAAUGAAAAAGAAAAGGAUUUAUAUAUCGGAACUUCGGAGCCGCUCAAUAUGCUAUUUACAUCCUGUACAUACUCUACUACGCAAUUUAAUCUUGCAUGUUUGAUCGACGC